AUGAGGUGCCCAGAGAGAAAACCUCCGAGAUCUUGCCAGAUCGUCGUCAUCCACGUUUCGAGCGUUUGGGAACAACGUUUGUGUAACUGCAUCCCGUACGAAAAUGGGUCGCGCACUUCGUGUGUGAGUCAGUUAGGCGAUAAUGGCAUUCAUCGCAUCUCGUCGCCAUCUCAAAUGCUGGCCAAAAAAGCCAAAAAAUUUUUGAAUAAUCGCAGAGCGUCGGGCGCGAUAGGCGACCGCGCGCCGAGGAGAGAGGGCGAACGAGAGCGAACGUCGGCCAUGACACUAUCACCCGCCGCGCCCCGGCGCCUGUACGUCGCGCUGGACCUGGACGCGGAUGCGGUGCCCGUCAUAAAUUACAAGAAGCUCAAGAAGGAUUCGGACUCCAGGGGCGGCGGCGCCGGCGGAACCUCCCCGACGCGCGGCCGCAACAACGACGAUCCCUUCGCGGCGAACGCAGCCAUCGACGCGCGCAUGGGCGGCGGUCCCCCGGGCCCCGCGGGUGGACCCUCUCGCCCCCAGGACAAGCUCCCGGGCGGCGCGGGGAACCACAUGGCGGAGGUCAUCCGCCGCAUCGAGGGCUUCUACUCCGCGCCGCGCUUCCAAGAUUCCGACGAGGAGGAGGACGACGACGACGCCGACGACCGAGUCGAGGACGCCGCCUCCGAAUCCGACGGCGAGGAGGACAUGGUCGACGACGGGCGCGACCCGAACGACCCGGCCGUCAUCGAGGAGAAGAAGCGCAAGGCUGCCAUGCGAGCCGCGGCCAAGGCUGCCAAAAAGGCCAAGCAGCAGAAGCGCGGGGGUAAAAACCAAUACGUCGAAGAGUGGUACGACAUGGACGACGACUUCAUCGACGACGACGAGCUCGACGAGUACUUCGAGCGCACCGGGCGCAAGGACAAGCUGGGAGGUAAGGGCGGCGAUAGAUUCUACGUCAACGCCGGGCAGAUCGAGUUCGUGGACGACGGCACCGGGCACGCGCAGGCGGAGGCGGCGGCUAGGCGCAGGGCCAAGAAGGUCGAGGGGCGCGAGCUCAGCGCCGUCCCGGGAGGCGUCGAGUGGACCGAGGAGAUGGUGGAGGCGCUGCGUCGCGGGAUCGCGAAGCACGGUCGCAGGUGGAGGACCAUCAAGCACGACGCGGAGUUCGAGGGCUGGUUCAGGCCCGUUUCGUUCGGUUCCAUGCGGCACAAGUGGCGGAACAUGGUCAAGUCGGGUUUGGUCGGCGGCGGCGGCGGCGGCGGCAACGUCGGAACCCCGCCGCACCCGAACGAAUCUCAUCCCAAAGGGACCAACUCGGCGCCAUCUUCCGGUGGACGAGACGAGCCCGCGGGCGCCGACCCGCGGGGCGCGCAGGAGAACACCGUUGGCGGGGCGCGCGCACUGUCGGCGUCGGCGGCGGCGGCGGCGGCGGCGCACAGGCCCGGCGUCGACGCGCCGGCGGCGGGCGGCGGGGCGUUCGGCGGCGCGAUGUCUUACGGACUCGGCGUGAGCGGCGACUGGUGCGCGGAGCUCAACGCGGCGAUCGAUCACGUGCGGGGUGCGUCCGCGCGGGAGGGCGCGCCGCAGAAGAUGGCGGACGGGCGCUCGCCGCCGCUCUCGGAUGCGAUGUUAACCGCGCUGGAAGCCGUGGUGCGGGUGGUCAAGAUUGACUUUGGCGCGCCCGUGUUUCCGAUCGGUCUCCUGGCGGAGAUGAUGGAGUUCCUCGAGCCGUUCUGCUCGCAGGCGACGCUGGGGAAGAACAUGAACAAGAUCGCCAAGAACCUCAAGGGCGGCGCCGCGACCGCGCAGCCCAAGGCGGUUGCCAACGGCGUCGCCAACGGCGCUUUCGAGCCGACGCGCGUCGCCGACGUUUCGGGGGUGGUCAAGCGGGCGCUGCCCGAGAUUUCGAAGCCGGUCGCCCCAACGGCGGCUCCGAUGGCUCCCGAGCCCGAGCCCGAGGUGCGCGCUCCCGUUCCCGAGGCUUACGAGGAGGAAUCUGAGUACGUGUGA